CGGCCAUGCCGACAUGUUCUCUCUCAGACAGCUCAAUCUUGAAAAAAACAAGAAACCUAGGGGAAGGAGAAACCACAGAGGAGGUUUUUGACCCCCAUUUAUUAUUUUUGGCUGACUCAUUCUUCUUAUCUCCCAACAAAUUUUCGUUGAUUUGUCUUAUGUCUUCAUUUUCAAUAUGGAAUUUAUACAAACUAAAACUUUAAUUCUUAAGUUUUCUCCCUCACAAUCUAAAAAUGUCUUUCUCCUCCCAAUUUGCAGCAAUGCUGUGAGGAUCAAAAGAGAUAUAUAGAGAUCAAGAAAAGAUGGCGGCAGGAGGAGAAGAGAAGAUAUUGGUGUCGGUGAGGGUUAGGCCGCUAAACGAGAAAGAGGAGACGAGGAACGAUAGAUGUGAUUGGGAAUGCAUCAACGACACCACAAUCAUCUGCAAAUUCCAUAAUCUGCCUGAUAAGUCUUCCUAUACAUUUGACAAAGUGUUUGGAUUCGAAUGCCCCACGAAGCAAGUUUAUGAUGAUGGAGCCAAAGAGGUUGCACUUUGUGUCCUCUCUGGAAUUAACUCGAGCAUCUUCGCGUAUGGACAGACAAGUAGUGGGAAAACGUACACGAUGAGUGGAAUCACUGAAUAUGCUAUGGAUGAUAUAUUUGCUUACAUUGAUAAGCAUAAACAAGAAAGAAAAUUCACACUAAAGUUCUCGGCGAUGGAGAUAUACAAUGAAGCUGUGAGGGAUCUCCUUUGUGAAGAUAGUAACACUCCACUUAGGCUCUUAGAUGAUCCUGAGAGAGGAACGGUCGUUGAGAAACUUAGAGAGGAGACUCUCACAGACAGAAACCAUCUAGAGGAACUCCUUGAUAUAUGCGAAACUCAGAGGAAGAUUGGAGAGACGUCUUUAAAUGAGGCUAGCUCCAGAUCUCAUCAGAUUCUCCGACUGACAAUUGAAAACUCGAAUAGAGAAUUUUCUCCAGAGAGCUCAGCGACUCUUGCAGCAUCAGUGUGCUUUAUUGAUCUAGCAGGAAGUGAACGUGCUUCUCAGACAUUAUCAGCUGGUUCAAGACUCAAAGAAGGCUGUCACAUUAAUCGGAGUUUGCUUACUCUCGGAACUGUCAUCCGAAAACUAAGCAAAGGGAAAAAUGGGNAAAAUGGACACAUACCGUAUCGAGACUCAAAGCUAACACGUAUACUUCAGAACUCACUGGGGGGAAACGCAAGAACAGCUAUCAUCUGUACAAUGAGCCCUGCUCGUAGUCAUCUCGAACAAUCAAGAAACACACUUCUCUUUGCAAGCUGUGCUAAAGAGGUGACCACAAAUGCUCAAGUCAAUAUGGUUGUAUCUGAGAAAGCCUUGGUGAAGCAACUGCAGCGGGAACUGGCGAGAAUGGAGAAUGAGUUGAAGAAUCUUGGACCUGCUUCUUCUUCUUCAACCUCAGAGUUCUACACAUUAAUGCUCAAGGAGAAAGAAGAGUUGAUUGCAAAGAUGGAGGAACAGAUCCAGGAACUUAAAUGGCAACGAGAUGUAGCUCAAUCUAGGGUAGAGAAUUUGCUUAAAUCAACAGCGGAAGAGAGCUCAUCUUUAAGUUCAAUGGAUAACAGCAGAAGAAGAAGAAGCAGCUACGAUUCCACAGAUUUUGAUGAGCCUCGUAUGCUAAAUAACUUGGGGAAGAGUAACCUUUACUCUCCUGAUGAGGAUGGUUUCCUUCUAGAUGAUAAUACCCCUCAAUUUCCCGAGCACGAUAUACAUGAUAAGUGGGAGGUGAUGGCUCAAAGCACCACCCAAGAACCAGAAGAUGCUUGCAAAGAGGUUAGAUGCAUUGAAGUGAACAAUGGAGAAGCAGAAAGAGUUCAAAUCCAAGACUCAGUAGGCGACAUUGUUGAAAAGAAAGAAUAUGAGCAGCAAAACCACAAAUCUUUUAUACCCGAUGAGUCCGAAAAGGAAGAUGCUGAUUCAUCUUUAAAAACAAUAGAUACGGAGUUGAGUUUAUAUGGUAAACUUGAAGCUGAAGAUGAGCUAGUAAUAAAGAAGCUAUUAGAAGACGUCCAAGAGACUGAGCAGUCUCUGGAAAAACAAAAGCAAUCUUCGAAGAACGAAGACAUGAAACAGUAUUCUUCUAGGGAUGAUAAGUCAGAGCAAGUCACGCAAUCACCCCUUGAGGAAGAGCAAUGUGUACAAGUCUAUGAAGGCUUUGAAGAACUUGAAGCCAAAGAUGAGCUAGUAAUAAAGAAGCUACUAGAAGGCGUCGAAGAGACUGAGCAGUCUUUGGAGAAACAAAAGCAAUCUUCGAAGAAAGAAGACAUGGAACAGUAUUCUUCUAGGGAUGAGAAGUCAGAGCAAGUCACAAAAUCACCCCCUGGGGAAGAGCAAUGUGUACAAGUCUCUGAAGGCUCUACAGAACUUGAAGCCAAAGAUGAGCUAACUAUAAACAUGUUAGAAGAAUCCCAAGAGACCGAACAACCUGUGGAGAAGGAAGACCACAAAUUUAGUUGGACUUCAGAGAAGGAAGAGAGAGAACAUAAUUUAUCAGUGGAUCAGUCAGAGCAAUUAAAUAAAUCACCCUCUAAGGAAGAGAAAUGCGUAGAAGUGUAUGGAGACUCUGAUAAAGAUGAUAACACAUAUGAGGCUCUGAAGAAAAAAGUGAAGGAAAUGCAGAAGACAAUUGAAUACUUUAUGAGUAUGCAAGCAGAAGAGAAACAAUCUCCUUCUUUCAAUACGAUAGAUGAGAAUAUGAGUCCAGGAGAUCACUUCAAGAUGAGAAGAAGUCGAAGCUGCAGAGAAAGUCUCUUGUUUACAAAGGCAUAUGCUGCUGCUGCUGCUAGUGGAGGCUUCAUAUUCAAGGCCUCUACCCCAUCCUUUGAUUCAGAGUCCCCUAUCUCAGUGGACGCAGAGAGCAUUAAAGAUUCCGAUACAGAUACUUGUAGAAGUAGCUUCCAUGAAUUUAUGGCAGGACUUAAAGAAAGAGCACUGCAGCACAAUUCCACGCAUGAGCUGAAUCAUAGUGAUACUGAGACAAAGACGAUGAAACCAGAAAACACAGAUGAUGGUGACAAGAAAUCAGAAUUCGAGAGACAACAAAGCCAAAUAGUAGAGCUUUGGGAAGUAUGUAAUGUACCAUUGGUUCACAGAACCUACUUUUUCUUGCUCUUCAAAGGCGAUCCAUCCGACUUUGUUUACAUGGAAGUCGAACUCAGAAGGCUAUCUUUUCUAAAAGACUCGUCUGAGAUAUCGAGGAAACAAGCUGCCAAAGCACUAACACGCGAGAGAGAAUGGUUAGCUAAGCAAAUACCAAACAAAUUCGGAAGAAAGCAAAAAGAAGAAGUUUAUAAGAAAUGGGGUGUUGAGUUGAGCUCAAAACGUAGAAGCCUGCAAGUAACUCACAAACUAUGGAUCAACACUAAAGACAUAGAUCACUGCAAAGAGAGUGCUUCUCUUAUAGCUACAUUGCUUGGAUUCGUUGACUCAACACUAACACCAAAAGAAACGUUUGGCCUCAACUUCUCACCUACAACACUCAACAUCAAACCUUCCUCUGGCUGGAGAUUUUCAAACUCUUUCUCUCGUAUUAGCUUCACCGGAUGAUAACAAAAACCAGAAUUUAACUACAAAAAUCAAUUCUUUGUGUGUAUAAUAACAGUUUUAAGUGAAGUUGUGAAAGAUGUGUAUGUAUGUGAUUGGAAUC